AUGCCGGCUGCCGAGGAUGCAAACUUGGUGAACGAGAUCUCCGGCCUCAAGCUGGAGGGGUCUUGGAGCUUCGGCAAGCGGCCAUAUUCCCGCGCCGACCCGCCGCCUGUGCCGGCCUCUUACCACUUGAAACAGAUCUAUAUGUCGGAAGCGACGACCGCUAUCGUAGGGGCGGGUGGCGACUACGAACCGGACCGGGCGGUGAGCGACGUGGACGACCCCGACUUGGGGGCGGCCGCCUUGGAGGACACCGCGACAGGCGGCGUCUACGAAGCAGGCGGCUCCGAAGAAGGCGACAUCGAGACCUGGCCUGAUGACGAUGAGGAGGAAGAAGAGCCGCGCCCUGCGCAGGGCACCGGCAGGGCGGACGCGGGCCCCUCCCUCGAGCCGUCUGCUCGAGGCGGCACGUGCAAGCGUAAGCAGGGUGCCGUCUUGUUCGGCAGCGCGCCGAAGAAGGCCAAGAAUCCGACCGCUGCGACCAGGCGGAAAGAGGAUGCCGCGAAGGCGGCCAAAUACCAGAAGCUCCCGAAGGCGCCUCCUAUGGUGUCGGCGGCUCCGCUCUCUCUCGAGAAGUCGGCCGCCGGCUCCAUCGUUGGGUCGGAGGAGACGUCCACCACCACCCGGGGAAUCGAUCCGGCCGCCGACCUCCGGGAGGCGCGGGAGCGAAACGCACGGGAGGUGCGCGAGGAGCAGGAAGCCGCCCGCCUGGAGAAGGCGGAGGCAGACAAGGCGGAAGCCGCCGCCUUGAAGAAGCUGGCGGAGGCCGAGGCUGCCACCGCGGCGAAGAAGCAGGCCGAGGAAGCCGCGCGCCGUUAG